GUGAGGAGGCCAGUGCUGGGGGUGGGGAAAGGAAGGCGGGCACUGCGGGAGGGCACGUCUGCGCGGUUACCCCCUUUCCUACAGCCGAGAAAGACUCCAUUCGCAACUCCCACCCCAAAGCCUCCUGCGGCCGUGAGCGGUCCCGAACAGUGAAGACUUAAUUCCAAGGGCAUGGCAAAACAUCUGAAGUUCAUUGCCAGGACUGUGAUGGUACAGGAAGGGAACGUUGAAGGUGCAUACAGGACCCUAAACAGAAUCCUCAGCAUGGAUGGGCUCAUUGAGGACAUCAAGCGACGACGGUACUACGAGAAGCCUUGCCGCCGGCGACAGAGGGAAAGCUAUGAAACCUGCCGGCGCAUCUACAACAUGGAAAUGACUCGCAAGAUCAACUUUCUGAUGCGAAAGAAUCGGGCGGAUCCAUGGCAGGGCUGCUGAGGCCUGUGGGUAGUGGGCCCAGUAUGAAAACCCCUGUCCAAUGGUGUCUCCACCUCUUUUCUUUCUCCAACCCCAUUUUAUCUUUCUUGCAAUAAGCUCAAUCACGGAUAUAUAAGAAGGCCUGCAUAUAUAGAAGCAGUCCCACUAGUCAGUUAUUAAGUGAAAGAGAAACUGUGCCAAAAAAUAGUCUUGGAGUAGAAUGGUGAUUGCCACGAGCUGAGUGGGGGUGGAGGGGAAUGAGGAAUUACUAUUUAAUGGGUACAGCAUGAGUUUGGCAAGAUGGAAAAGUUCUGGAGAUGGGUGGUGGUGAUAGUUGCAUAACAAUGUGAAUGUACUUAAUGCCACUGAAUUGUACACUUUAAAUGAUUAAAAUGGUAAGUUUUAUGUAUAUUUUACUAUGAUUGUUUUUAAAUAGUCUAGGAAAGCUGAGGACAUUUUCUAAAAUGUUGUAGAAUAUAUCUACCAUUUCUUACCCAAUUUCUAUGAAACACAAAGCAAGAUCUUAUCAUUGGGAAAGCAUGUUACUCUUUACUUGCACUGCCCUCAACUGUUAAAUAAAAGGAGAGGAAGCAUGUGUA